CUCUGAGGGAGACAGGAGAGGAUGGAGGAAGAGAGAAAAUGGCAAUGACAGUUUGUAGGACAAGUGUUUGCUAAGAGGUGGGAAGUGAAAGUUAAGGAAAGGAACGCGAACAGAGAGAUAGGUGGAAGCAACGAGAGAUUAAAGAGCAAAAAGAAAGUGAGAAGGAACAGAGAGAAAACAGGAGGUGAGGAGAAGUAAAGGGAAGUGGCAAAAGCAAAGGAGUUACAGGGGAAGAGAGAACAACAGACACAACGAUAGGUUGACCUGUCACCAUGACAACAGAAGCAGGCUCUGAGACCGAGGUGAAGGAGAAAGCAGAGGAGUCAGCUGCUCAGCCGGACCAAUCAGAGAAGGCGACGGAAGAAACCCAGGAAGCAGCGAACGCGGAGGUAGAGGAGAAAGAGAAAGAGAAGGAGAAGGAGAAAGAGGGGAAAGACGGGAAGGGAAUAUCUCGAUACCUGCCAACAUGGCUUAAGAAACAGAAGUCUCAAGGCCAGACCUCCCCAACCAAAGAGGUCCCACCCACAGAGGAAGCUGCUAGCACAGUGACGCGUGAAGAGGAGGGGCCUGCCCCAGCAGUGAACGGUCACGCAGAGGAAGUGGAAGAGAAGGAGGCAGUAAAGUCCGAGCAAGUGAAGGAAAAAGAAGCAGAAUCUCAUUCCAACGCCAGCGCAGACACUGAGCCUGCCAAGGAAGAGAAGGUGGAAGAGAGCGCUGGAAGUCCCGAAGAGACCAAGGAGGCAACAGAGGGAGAAGAAGAAGGGAAGGAGAAGAAGGAGCAGCAGCAGGAAGGAGAGGUGCAAGGUGAAGGGGAGGGAGGAGGAGACAGCCAGACCUCCAUUUUCCAGUCUCCUCUUCGUCUGGUGAGGAAGACCAAGAUGAAGCUGGUGGUGUGUCACGUGACCCUGCUGGACGGGUCCGACUUCACCUGCGAGGUGGAGAAACGUGCUAAGGGUCAGUACCUAUUCUUUAAGGUGUGCGAGCACCUGAAUCUACUGGAAAAAGACUACUUUGGACUCACAUACCAGGACAGCCAUGAAGAGAAGUGUUGGUUGGAUCCUACGAAGGAAAUCAAGAGACAGAUACGCAGUAACAACUGGCAGUUUGCAUUCAAUGUCAAGUUCUACCCUCCUGAUCCCUCACUGCUCACUGAAGACAUUACCAGGUACCUGUUGUGCCUGCAGCUCCGUGAAGAUGUGGCUUCUGGUCGACUGCCUUGCUCAUUUGUCACUCACGCUCUGCUGGGGUCAUACACAUUGCAGGCAGAAUUUGGUGACUAUGAACCCGACCAACCUCGGCCUCUGGACUACAUCAGCCAGCUGACCUUUGCACCCAAUCAGAACAAAGAGAUGGAGGAGAAGAUUCUUGAACUCCAUAAGUCCCAUAGGGGAAUGACACCAGCACAAGCUGAUGCCCAGUUUCUAGAAAAUGCAAAGAAACUGUCCAUGUAUGGGGUGGACCUGCACCAUGCCAAGGAUUCUGAGGGUGUGGACAUCAUGCUGGGUGUGUGCGCCAACGGACUCCUGGUUUACAAAGACAGACUUCGGAUAAAUCGCUUUGCUUGGCCCAAAAUACUCAAGAUUUCAUACAAGAGGAACAACUUCUACAUUAAGAUCAGACCAGGAGAGACGGAGCAGUUUGAGAGCACGGUGGGAUUCAAACUCCAGAAUCAUCGAUCUGCCAAAAAGCUGUGGAAAGUCUGUGUGGAGAAUCAUAGUUUCUUCAGGUUAAAUGCCCCAGAACCUCCCACCAAGGCCCGCUUCUUGACUCUGGGCUCCAAGUUCCGCUACAGUGGACGAACCCAGGCCCAGACCCGCCUCGCCAGCUCCCUCAUAGACCGACCCGCUCCCAGCUUUGAACGCACCUCGUCGAAACGCAUCAGCCGCAGUCUGGACGGAGCACCAGUGAUCAGCAUAACUGAAGCUGGGAGGGACACAGCUGAGAACGGACGUGAGCCCCGUCUGGAGCUCCACUCUGACUCUAAGGUUAAGGAGGUGGACUUAAGCCCUGGUGAUGCUGAAGCCACACCUACCCAGUCACUUGGAGCCAGUGAGGCUGCCCUCUCUCAGGACCAUGAUAAGACCCAAGACGAGGUUCUGAAACACCAAGCUAGCAUUAGCCAGCUAAAACGCUCCUUUAUGGAGGCGCCACCUCCCUCUCCUCCUCAGCCCAACCAGUGGGAGAAACGUCUCACCUCCUCCCCCGCUACAACGAUACGUAUUCAGCAGCAACAAGUGGUGAGUGUGCCCCAAACGGAAGCAGCCGCAGCCGAUAGCGCGAUCUCUGAUACCAAAGAACCCGCAAAGACGGCCGAAGUUGAAAUCGAAGAAACCGUUGUCGUCCAAGAGGUUUCCAAAGCAACCAAACCUGGACUUGUCACAGUUACAAGCAGCUCUCCCACUGGCCCACCUGCAGAGCAGGAAACAAGAGAGCAGGAAGUGAAGGUUGAAGUGGAAGUAGUGGUAGCAGGGGAAGCAAAAGCAGUGAAGCAGGAGAGCGUUUCAUCUGAGAGCGAGAGCGAGGAAGAAGCGGAGUACCACCCGAAUGUCUCUGUAUCCUUCUCUCAUACACAAAUACCAGAAGAGAAAGAAGAGGAUGAAGAGCAGGAGAAGAAAGAAGAGGAUAAGAUAGCGGAGCAGGAUGUGUCUGCUCCAGAUGCUGCCGCUCCACUUCCAGCUGAAAUCACUCAGCCCGCAGAAGAAACCAAACAAGAGGUAGAGGAGUCCAGUAAAGAGGACACAGAGGCAGAGAAGAAUAAGAACACAGAGCAGGAGAAAGAAGGUGAGAGGGAGACGGAGGAAAGCACCGACGAUCCAAUGAUAACACCCGAUGAAGCUCCUAACGGUCUCGCCCUGCCCGAGGAGGAGGCCGAGACCGGGCUGGUCGCCCCUGCAGAGGAAGACGAGGAGCCCAAAAUGAACGGAGAAGCCUCUCUGGUUGAAGCAGAAUCCCGACCACAGGUUAUUUGUUGCUCUGAGCCACCUGUGGUAAAGACAGAAAUGGUGACAAUAUCAGACACGUUUGCAGCCCAGAAAACUGAGAUAGCUACAAAAGAAGUGCCCAUCGUACAUACGGAAACCAAGACCAUCACUUACGAAGCCGCACAGUUGGAUGGUAAUGGCGAUGGUGAGCCCGGAGUGUUAAUGACUGCUCAGACAAUCACCUCUGAAUCCCUCUGUACUACUACGACCACACACAUCACCAAGACGUUAAAGGGCGGCCUAUCAGAGACGAGGAUCGAGAAACGCAUCGUCAUCACCGGCGACUGUGACAUCGAUCACGACCAGGCACUGGCCCAGGCCAUUAAGGAGGCCAAAGAGCAACAUCCUGACAUGUCUGUUACCAGAGUGGUGGUUCAUAAAGAAACUGAACUGGCUGAGGAGGAGGAUUGACUGAACUCAGAGCUGAAGGGCCCAUCAUGACUGUUUUCUCUGUUGACGUUGAUCGACCUUCAUCACCCCGAGACGACCGACCUUGACUGACGGAAGACGAGGAGAGGAGGAGCAGCUAAAGAACAGGAGGGAGAAGGGUCAGACUGAUGGAGAGAAGUUGCCAGUCGGGUUUUUUCUUACAUGUCUGUGGUGCAUCUAUAAAUCCCUCACUCCAAAACCAAGUAAAAGAAAAAUAAUAUCCUUGCUGUUUUUGAGGGAAGAAAAAGAACCACUUUGUUAGCUUAACAUUCGUAGCGUGUUUUUAUUUUUUAAUAGUGCUUUUUUUUCUUUAACUGUUUGUUUUACAAAAAGAGAGAUGAUAGUGUUUCUGUCGUGUAUUGAAAAAAUAAAACUUAUAGGAAUGCACUGAUAACAAAUUCUGAUGAGAUACAAGGCUAAAAAUGAUGACUAUAACUGUACUAAUGAUUUCACCAGUACCAGUGACCUUCAGUAAAAAAAGUUUUGUUUUCUUUUUAAUUCCACACACAGGAGCUUUUAUCUUGAUCAUUAUUUUUGUCAAAAAGUUUGAUUUCUGUACUUGGAAUCUGUAUCAGCAGUGGAAAAGUGUUAUUGGUGCAUUCCUAAACAACAAAAAAAACAUUAUUUGUUAAAUUACAGCUCCCUCCCUCACAUCAGUAAGUGGAGAGAAACCGAAAUAUAACUCAAAACUUCAAAAACGUUUUACAGUAACAGGUAGGCUUGCAAGACAACACAGAAACACCACUGUCAGAUGAUGGUAGAAACCAGAUGUGUCACAUUAUCACAUUUUGUUACUAAUAAUUCCAGAACAUAGGGAGCUGUAACUUAAAAUACUGCAGUAAAAACCAAUCAGCCAGGUUUUUUUUUUUAUGAUUGUCUUUUUUUCUUGUAAGUAUAGUUAUUAUUCAUCCACAUUCCUUGUGUGUUGACUAGCAGCUGAGUGAGUUCAUUUUCAUUUCAUUUCACUUUUUAUGAAGGUCAAAGAAGACAAGACAUUUUAACAUUUACAGUAUGGAAGGAGUCUUAAUUGGAUCAGUGGGUUUAACUGUAUUUUACAGUUCAUUUUUACUAAAAGGAAAUGAAUUAGAGAUGAAAAUGAAUGACUUUAAAGCUGGUGUAUACAACUUUCUGUACAGUAAACUAAAUGAAGGUUAUUAGAUGGGAGCAGUAAUCCAGCUUUUCAUUAGCUAAACGCUCUCCCUGGGCCCGCCCACCGUACGACACUAACCAUUCCUACUGGGCCGCGGGGGAGCGAGGGAGCAGUAGACUGACUUUUGAUUGGGAGAUAGAGGGGACCAGUAAACAGAAGGAUAACUGGGAGAUAGAGGCGGUGCUGCAUGGUGCCGACCGUCGCCUACUUGGGAGUGAAAAAGAAUUUGAACAUUGAUGCAUGUUGGCCUUUUUUUCUAUGGCAAUGGCAAGUUUCAGUCAUGUUAUUCUGCAUCCUGCGGUGAGUUAUAGCAGUUUUAAUGUACUUAGGACAAAGCUUAACACACAAUCUGCAAUUUUAAAUUAUUCUAAGAGAGUUUUGUGCCGUGACCAGCACAGGUACCAAAAUGAGGACACGCAGCUGGAACAACUUGAAACCAGUUCUGUCCGAAGUUCAGAAUAAAGCAAGUUCUACCAGUUUGCUAACUCUGCAUCAGAGCCUGUUUGUCGUCGUAGUUCAGCACUUAAGCUCACUCCCAGCUUCAUUUCACGUCAACAAAACCUGCUAGAUAUAAUGAGAUUUGGAAGCGAAUUAAGCAUGUCUUCACGCAUUUUUAUCCUGAAAGAGUAUCUUGAGUGAGUAUAGAUAGAAGGCCACUGUGUUGAUUGGUUUGAGAGUGUGUUGAUAACAGAUUAUCUCUUCGGCUCAUACAGUACGUUUAGAUAAGUUUAUCUUUGACACGAUGCCGGCUGCUGUGUUGUAACUGUUUUCACAGCGACCAAAUAUUCUGCUGCGUUAAUGUGAUUUUUUUGUGUUUCAGUUUCCAAAUUACAUUCAGCUGUUUCUACCACGCAAACACAACACUCUGAAUCUAACACCACACAACAAACAGACGUGGAAACAGUUACAGCAUAAUAGUGAAAUGCAGCUUAAAGGGAAGUGUAUCAGAGGGUUUGAAGUGCUCUUGAAACCCCCUAAAUGGAAUCUCAUGAUGUUUUAUUCAUUUUCUGUGUCCUUUAACCCAAAUGUUGAGCAGACUUCCACUUAAAUGUGACUUUGUUUAAAUGUUGGUGGGAUUAAAUGGGUUAGAACAAAGAGCUCCAGUCUAAUGCAUUUAGUCGACACAGAUUUUGAGUGUGAGCAGCGAAAAACAAAAACACAUUCUUUAAAAUCCAAUUGAUUGUAUUCAGAGAAGUGCCACAAAUUUAUUUAUAUAAAAACAUUCCACCUGGACUUGCCUAGGUUUGACCCUCCUGUCUGACUGGACAUAGUGACAUUUUACAUUGGACUCAACACAAUAGUUAAUCUGCUUUUAAUGAAGAAAUAUUGACACAUUCUCCUCAUCUAAAAUAGUGUGUACCUCCAUAAUUUGAAGCCAUUUUAAAACUUUCUUUCUGGACUGACACACGUCCAGAUGAUGGAGUGGUAAUGACCGUCUUGGCGUUUUUAUUGGGAAACACUGGUUUGACUUCUACUAUGCAGUUAAAUGACAUUCCAGACGAGGGGAAAAGCUUUAACCUCUAACCCUCUUGUAAAGAGACAAAGUAGCAGAAAAAAAAAAAAAAAACACCAGGCAGCUUUGGAAGCUUUCACUGUUCAAAACAAAAAACCUUUUAAAAAAGCAUUGGUAAUAUCACAGCAAUGGUAUUUGUAGCUUUUCUCGUAACUUGUCGUCUUUUCCUUCUGUGGAACUGGUGUAGUUGUUGAAAGGUGGGAUCUGUUGUGCCCCCCUCUCUUGAAUAUUUAUAACAUCGUCACAGUGUUUUUUGACAUUGAAGGAACACCGCUACCAAUCAAAUUUUCUGCCACCAUUUCCUUUUUGUACUUUUAGCCACAGAUUUAACCUCUCUUCAGGAGUGGGGGUGUCUGGGCUCUUUUAUCCUGUCACAGGAGCUUUGGGGCUGCGAGGUCAGGUUCUUCCAAAAUGUUUGUAGCUCUUUCUCAUGAGUUUUUAUGUGAGAUUUACCCUGAGAAAAAAACAGAAUGACAAAUGAAUGUCUUUCCAACAGUAACUUUUAUUAAGAUAAAUUUAAAAAAAAACAACAAAGAUGGAGUUGGGGUUGACUUUUGGAAGUUUUACGCUGUUACCACGGAAACUCCAUAAGGUCUUUAUAUACAGUCCAUAAAGGGCACUCGUGGAUAAGAAAAAGAUGAUUCUAGGCCAGCUGAUUUUAAAACUGUCAGGGAUCUCAACAUUAUGGAGGGCAUCGUUACAUUCAUCCGAUUCACACAAUGUCAUGACUUCCUGUAUGUGGGGGCUGAUGUUUUAUCAUUGGCGUAUAAUCUCAUAAUAUUUAAAUCUCAGGCUCUGUACUACAGUUUGGACAGAUAAGACAGAAACCAGCAUCAUUUUGUAUUUUAAUCACAUUAAAAAAAACCUCACUUUCAACAAAACUUUAUAAAGAAACAAGUUUUGGAAAACCAACCAGCGGCCUCAUUGCUCCCUCGUAGCCAACCAAUGAUCACCAGUAGGGUUUUUCUAUCUAGCAGCUUAAUUGUCUUGUGUCUCCCCCAACACACAGUCACUCCUCCCCUGUGUAACACUGUUUAAAUAAAGGAUUGUUACUCUGAAA